UCGGGUUUGUCGCCUACUCGGGCCUUACCCAUCAUCUCUCUCUCUCUCUCUCUCCCUACGAUCACAACUGGAGAGAGAGAGAAGAAAACAAAACCCUCCCGUCAUCGUAUCCAUCUCCCUCUCUCUCCAUGAAACUCUGAACCAAUUUUCCCACUAUCCAAACAAACAAAACCCCAUCACAAGGUAAACCAAAUGUAUCACUCCGCUUUCCGUACCGCCCAACUCAUGCCAAUCACCAACGCCCAAACCAUCCCAACCACCAAGACCUUAUCUCUUGAACCCCUAAUCCCCCUUCACCGGCGACUGCCUGUCUCCGCUAAGUUCCGUAGGGUCCUGGUCGUCUCGGGAGGCGAUGAACGCAAGGUUCUGGUUGCCAAGUGUUCGGCCGCGGCUGCGGCGGACAGCGCAGCGGUGCUGGAGAGUUGUUUCAGAGUAGAAUCGGGGCCGGCGGUGGUGACGUGUAUGAAGAAGGGGGGGCGAGGAAAGUCCGGUUCGAUUGGGACUUUGGAGAAACCGAAGGUGGAAAAGAAGCCAAAGCAGGAGGACAAACCUUCGCCUCCUGAGCCUGAAACUGGAGGUGAUGGUGGCGAUAUUGGAAAGAAGAUCUAUCAUGGUGGUGGUGAUGGAGGCGAUGAUGAUGGUGAUGAUGAUUACUUUGAUGACUUUGAUGAUGGAGAUGAGGGAGAUGAGGGUGGAUUUUUUGGGAGACGGCUUGUAUUUCAAGAGCUUUUUGGUCGCAAGUUUGUUGAUGCAGUUCUAUAUGAGUGGCAGAGGACAUUGAAGGAUUUGCCUCAAGGACUGCAACAAGCCUGUCAAAUGGGUUUGGUCAGCUCAGCCCUAAUGGCAAAAUUUCUUGCGAUGAAUGCCAGGCCAACCACUACGAGGUUCAUUUCUCGGAAACUCCCUCAAGCAAUGUCCAGGGCAUUCAUUGGCAGGAUGCUUGCAGAUCCGGCAUUUUUAUAUAGGCUUCUUCUGGAGCAGGCUGCCACAAUUGGCUGCUCUGUUUGGUGGGAGUUGAAAAAUCGCAAAGAAAGGAUUAAGGAGGAAUGGGAUUUGGCACUGAUUAAUGUUCUCACCACCACUGCAUGCAAUGCCAUUGUUGUGUGGUCACUUGCUCCUUGCCGUUCCUAUGGAAACACUGAUUUGCAAAGUACCUUGCAGCUUCCAAACAAUAUAUUUGAGAAGAGCUACCCACUUAGAGAAUUUGACUUGCAAAAGAGAAUCCAAUCUUUUAUUUACAAGGCUGUAGAGUUAUGUAUGGUCGGGGCAGCUGCUGGUGCAGCGCAGAGUGCUUUGUCACAUCUGUGUGCUAGUAAAAAGGAUAGGUUGUCGGUUACAAUUCCUGCUGUGUCAACUAAUUCACUUGGUUAUGGGGCUUUCCUUGCUGUAAAUGCUAACCUCCGUUAUCAGCUGUUAUGUGGAGUUGAUAGAACAAUGAUGAACUAUUUUGAUGCAAUUGGAUUGGCCCUCUUUUUCAGUACAGCUUUGAGGCUUUUGAAUGUUCAGAUAGGAGAGACAUUGAGGCUGGGUUGGCUUCGGAUAGAAGCCGAUCCACUCGCUUAUUCAAACCAUCACUCAAAGGCUUAUAUUAGACCAUCCGAGCCUUACAGUCCUUCAAAUUGGUUCCAUUCGAAGAAUGGCUUUGUUUCUGGGCUUGGGCAAGGCGACCCUGCUGCUGAUGGAGAAGGAGCGCUUCCCAAGGCUCGGAGAAAGAGAAUUGUCAAGACAAAGGUGGCAUCAUAACUAGUUUACGCAAUAGUUACUAGCAUUCUGUUCAAUUUUGAUAUGCUGCAUGAAGUUGAAGCAGCUGAGAGCUGCGAUAUCAUCGGUGAUCCCCCCUGGGUAGAGGUUUGCUACAAGGAACGAGUUGAUUUUUUGCAUCCAGGCAAAUAUUAGAGGAGGUUUUUUUUUCCUUGUAAUUUUUUACCCUUCAUGUUUUUUCUAGCUUCAAUGUGUUUUUAUCCUUGUGAGGUAGGGUACUCUUAUGUUGCAAGUCGAUGUCAUACUCAAUUUUUUUCUAGUUCUUGUUCCCAGAAGAGGACCUGUUAGGCAAUCUCUGAUAAUUAUGUUUGCCUGAUUCUCUUUGUUACGGCUAGGGUCAAGAACCCUUGGAAUUUUUUUAAUAAAAGCUGAAGAUAAAUGUAUUUUUAUCUCA